CUCAUGUUGUGUUACAAAUAAGACAAUGAGUUCUCUCAUGUGAUUUGUCACAGGGAAACAUCAAGGAGAUUUUCCACCACAGAGUUUUGAUUAAACUGAGAUUUAAUUCUUUAAAUUGCAAAUAGGAUGAUUUCAGUGGAGCAGAGGUCAGUGAGGUCUUUUUUAACUUUUAUUUUUUUUAGGAUACCUCUGUUUUGUGACAUGGAAUUCCAGUGUAUGUAAAGUCAAAGAAACCAACCUUAGUUUAAAUGAAAGCAUAGAAUAUAAAAAAAACAUGCAAACUGUAAUAGUUACAGCUGUACACUAUUAAUAUUAUUACUUACUCAUGCAUUCAGUGGGUCCACAGCUGAGCCAGGCUUGUUCUCUGCUCUGUUGUUGUUUCACCUCUUCAUACGUUUUCAUUAUAGGUCAUUAUGUCUCGUGCCUGUUAUUGCCAGCAGAGGUCGCGCUUUUCCUUAUUCUCCCAAGUAAUUAUAAUAAAAACAACAACAACAGGGACGCUAUACUAUACAGACAUCCAAAUAAUCCCAGUUCUCCCAGUUGGAGAUCGGACUUCUUUGUAAGCCUAAUAAUAUGUGUCAAAAAUUGGAUUUAAGUGAGUUUGACAUCAGCUCAUUUUAUUCCCCACUGUGUGUGAUGCUUCAUUUUUGACAGAAUGUCCUUUUAUUAUGUCCUUUAAUCCUUUAAUCUGCGAUCAGUAUGCACCCAUUCAUUCAUUUUAGCAGAGUGUCCAGAGGUUUAUUUUUGAUUUAUUUACUUGUGUUUUAUGUCAUUUUAAUGUUAUUGUACAGCACUUUAGGCAACUGUGGUUUUUUUUGUAAAUUAAGUGGAUUUGGAUUGGAUUGGAAGUAACUUCACAAAAACAUGCACAUCAUUCAACGACAAAAGCGUGUGCAAGAUAGAACAAAACAAACAAACAAAGAAAUGCAUGAAAGAGUCUGAUAGGUCGUCACUGACAGACGGUGGAGUAAAGUGUGUGUCUACAUAUAGGACUAAGAGGCGCGCUGACGCGCAAACCUUCCACGCGCACACGCUCCCCAAAGAUGACCGCGUUGAGAAGAGACAUGCGGAGCUUCCUCCUCCUCGAUGAGGGUGAAUUCAACAUGUGGCAUGACUACAUGAACCUGGGCACGCUGUUACAGAAUCUGUGCGUCAGCCGUGAGGUGGAGCGCAGAGACGGUGACGGGCCAAAGCAGGAGGCGGCGUCACCAUGGAACCACGUCCAAGCCGAGGAAGAGGAUGAUGAUGAGGAGGAGGACGUGAGACGGACCAGCUCAUCCAGCAGCCUGUCGGACCACAGCAGCAGCAGCAGCGGCGGCGGCAUCUCCUCGUCCAAGUUCUGUUGCUUCUGUAAGCAGAACGGGGAGACGCCGAGGGUUUACCUGACCCACAGACUGAAAUCCAUGGACGGGAGAGUCACCUGCCCCAUCCUGCGGAACUACACCUGUCCCGCAUGCGAAGCCUCCGGGGACAGAGCGCACACUCUCCGUUACUGCCCACAGGCGCGGCGCACAUCUCGAGAACCUGCGAAAGUGGUGCCAAAGUCCAGGUUCCGGUAGCUGGUGCUGGACCACGACAGACUUUUGACAAUGGAAAACCUGUACAUAAUUACUCAACUACGUUUUUAGCCAUGCGUUCAUGCGCACAGACUGUUUCGUGUUAUUGGAACAGAACACAAUCUGAUUCCACUUACGCGUAUCACACAGUUGUCUUCAUGACCCCGCAGAGAUUUUAGUUUUUUGUGCAGCGGAGGUUCCACAAUCCAGAUUCUGGCGUCUGGUGCUUGACAAUGGAAGGACUGUCCAUAAUUACUAAAGGUUUCAGGUUCACAGAAUGACAGACAUGUCAUGUGUUGUCAAGUCAUGUUAGAGACUAUCUGCCGUUUUCUGUAUGUGUUUUUCAAAUGGUGGAUUUCUAAAUGUUUUGGAACAGGAGACAAAUAAAAGUUGAUGCCA